AUGUCUUUGCCUUCAUUGCCGACCAACAAGCAUGCAUCCCACCCCCCAUCCACUCUAAACCACACCCCAUCCACUCACCCCCCAUCCACCCCCCAUCCCCAGCGCUGGAGGACCUGUCCGCUCGCUGGAGGACUUGUCCGCUGGCUGGAGGACCUGUCCGCUGGCUGGAGGACCUGUCCGGUGGCUGGACCCACCUCCCAGCCCCUGCAGAACGUUGAGGUGGAGCUGCAGGUAGACGCGCCGAGUGCGGGACUUCUAGACAAGGACCUGGGCACCCAGCAUGUAAGCCUCGGCACGUAA